AAUGCGUUGAUUAUGUUGCGUCUGGUUUAACCGCGGUCCUGUUGAUGUCCCAGCAACAGGCACGUGCCCAGUUGGGGAGAUCCGGGAGCGGAGCACCUGAACCAGGGCGGCUGGCGGCGGCAGCACACGGCCUUCGACUCUCAGGUGGAUGUGGCAGACUUGAGGGAAGGACGGAGGACACAGACUCACACCUGCAUCUGAGAUGGCUUUAGCCAGAGAUCCAGUGGCGGUCCAGGAGCAGAGAGAUGCCGCCGAUCAGAACUUUGACUACAUGUUCAAGCUGCUGAUCAUUGGCAACAGCAGCGUAGGGAAGACGUCUUUCCUCUUCCGCUUUGCAGAUGACUCCUUCACCUCAGCGUUUGUCAGCACAGUGGGAAUCGACUUCAAAGUCAAAACCAUCUACAGAAAUAACAAGAGGGUCAAGCUGCAGAUCUGGGACACAGCAGGACAGGAGCGCUACAGAACCAUCACCACAGCCUACUACAGAGGAGCCAUGGGAUUCCUGCUCAUGUAUGACAUCACAAGCCAGGAGUCGUUCUGUGCCGUCCAGGAUUGGGCAACCCAAAUCAAGACGUACUCGUGGGACAGCGCUCAGGUGGUUCUGGUGGGGAAUAAGUUGGACUUGGAAGAGGACAGACAAGUCCCGACGCAAGAUGGCCAAAGAAUAGCCACGGAACUGGGCUUCCAGUUUUUUGAGGCCAGUGCUAAAGACAACAUCAACGUGAAGCAGGUCUUCGACAGGCUGGUGGACGUCAUCUGUGAGAAGAUGAACCAGAGCUUCAACGGUGACGUCAGUCCAUCAGUGAGCCAAAAGGGGGACGGGCUGCAGGAGCAGCCCCCUCAGAGUCAGGGUGGAUGUGCAUGCUGAUUGUAGGAACAAGGUUUCUUGUCCCCAGAGAUAUCCAGAGAAAUAUAUAUACAUUUGUUUCAAAAGCUGCUUCUUAAUUUAUUUUUCUCGUUUUGCUGUGAUCCCGAAAAGCUGCAGCUGUGCAUUCUCCUUUCAGCAUUAGCAGAUUUAGCUGCACAGAGUGCAGUGGGAGCACUUGUUGGAACUCAUAAAAUGCCACUCCAUUUGUGUCAUGUCGCCCCCUUGUGGUCUGUAAACAAAAUGCACCAUUGUAACUUCAGCUCUUAUUUUUUCAGCCAAAAAGUCAAACAUACUUCAACACUCAGGUCAUUCACAUCCCCGGUUGACUGAUGUCAGCGGCUACUGACCAAAAUUUUUUCUGUUUCCAAACAGUUUCUCCAUUUUCAAUGUUUUUUUUUUGUUUGUAUUGUUGUUAUUUCAUGGUGGUUUGGUGAUUCCUCUGCUGGGUUCAUCACACAAUCGAGAUUAAAAGACAUAAAUCUAAA